UUGGCAUUACAACAGUAAACAUGAAAUUCAUCAUCUUAGCCGCCGCUCUGGCUCUCGCCGCCGCCGCCCCUCAGGAGCCUCGGCCCAUCGAGAUCCUCCUUGAUGAGCGCGUCACUCCCGAGGACGGUGCUUACUCCUUCAAGAUCGAGACCGAGAACGGGAUCGUCCAGAGCGAGGAGGGCGCCCCAGGCCUGGAGGGCCAGACCAACGUUCAGGGUGUCUACAGCUACACCUUGGACGAUGGCAGCGUGGUCGAAGUCCGAUACCAAGCUGACGAGAACGGCUUCCAGGCCCAGUCCCCUCUGCUGCCCGUCGCCCCCGAGUUCCCUCACCCCAUCCCGCAGUUCGUCCUCGACCAGAUCGCAUUCGCCGAGGAACAACGACGCCUCGAAGCUCAAAUUGUUUAGAAUGUAUUGCUUUAGAGCAGAACUGAAAAAUUUCCAUCUGUAAUAAGUUCAAUCAUUCUUCAUUGUAUUGUGACUUUUUAAAAAGAUCAUUCUUAACGUAUAUAAACUUAAAGAUGUAAAUCAAAAAUAUAGAAAUAGAAACUUAA